AUGGAUUCCUUUGUUAUAUGGAGAGAGGGAGAGAGGCAGCCCGAUACCCCACCGUUGGUUCUAGAGCUGAAUGGCAACACAACCAUCUGGUCAGAGUCAGAGGACAACUUUUAUUUUCUCGCGUCUCUCCAGAGGCUUAUUGGUGGUGAAAAUAACACUGACGCUAACCAACCAUGCUGGCUGCACUGGUCCCCCAUCGUCGAUCCCGGUCGGGGGGUUUUCAUCCUCCUGCACCAUGAUCCAGAGAGCGACAGCCGCGAGAGAAUAGGCAUUGAAGAGCGGCCGGUAUACCCACUGGAAUUAGGAAUCAAGCAGUUCCCCCAUGAGCCGCCUUCAUGCUACACGGCGGAGGCUCAAGCCAGCUAUGACCGCUACCAGGUCACCCACAGGUUGCAUUUUCCGGAAAGCUGGGCAAAGCUCUUACAGCCAGAGAAGAUUGACCGCUGGGGCUGGGGUACGUCGCCGGAGGAGGGCAAUGGAAUUGCAGAGCCCAAGGAGCCGCCAGUGCUUAUUCCAGGGGGAGCGCAUAUUACGUUCACGGUGGUAGAAGGGAAGCGACCCCCCUUUCCACGGCCAGCAUCGCCACCGCCAAUCCAGGCGAGUGAAAGAGUCCCAGGAGCACCGGUCCUGAGCCUCGAACUUAGCUGUAGUCCAACGGUGGCCCUGACAGGGCUUGUCGAGGUGUCUAUCAAAGUCACUUACCAUGGCGUCGCAGAUCGAGUUGAUGCAAUCAAUGAAAAUGCCCAACCUAUCACCUUCCACACCCAAGCAUUCUGUUCGGUGGAUGGGGGAUUCCGUCUUUAUCGCCGUCGCCAUGCAGAAGGUCGGUCCGAAGAGACAUGGGAACCGUGUUAUGACAGUAGCUGUCAAUUUGGGAUGUGGGAUAAUCCUGAUAGGCUGGUUAAUGUCUCUGAAAACCGAGACGGCCGGUUUCAGACCCUCUUCCCCGGUGAAUCCUGGUCAGAUAGUUGGAGGAUGUGCGCGGAUGGGGAAGCUAUGUUAGAUGAUAUUAAACUUAGUGACACAUUCCGAUAUCAGUUUAAAGGGGGUACAUUGGACUGGUGAGACUAGGGAACACCUGAGGCCCAUACCCAGACCAUUCUCACCCUCCCUGGUUCAGGGAUCGAACCGAUUGUGGACCCCACGAACAACGGAGGCCGGCCGAAGGUGAUCAUACCCGCAUCAAACAUGAUGGAGUGGGGUGUGGUGGAUAGAUAACAAUUUGGGGACUAUUGUUCACGAGCCAGAUAAUCUAUCAAUACAUAAG